AUGCGUCAGUUGCCAGUCGUUGUUCGCAUUGCCUUCGAGUUUGAGUCGCUCAAUGUCCUCGUGGGUGACGGAAGCGCCGAAGUGACGCGCAGUGUCAAUGAUCGCCUGGCGUCGUAG